UGGGUGUAUCCGUCUGAACAGAUGUUCUACAACGCCAUGCAGAGGAAGGGAUGGGAGCCCAACGAGAACGACAUGCAUGCGGCAAGCAGCAACGCUCCUGCUGCAUACGGGCAGGUGGUGGCGAUUCACAAUGCUGUCAACGAGCAGACGUGGAAGGAGGUGAUGAAGUGGGAGAAACUUCACUGCGAUGAGUGCCAACAGCCAAAGCUCUUGAAAUUCCAGGGCAAGCCUGAUCAGCUGAGUCCGAAAGCAAGGAUACAGAGCCUGUUGGGGUACAAACCUCCUUUCGAUCGCCAUGAUUGGAUUGUAGAUCGAUGCGGCAAGCAGGUUCGAUAUGUCAUCGACUUCUACUCAGGCAAACCCAUCGCUGACAAGCCAGUCUCCUAUCACUUGGACGUGCGACCGGCUCUUGACAGGUGGAGAAGUUAG